GUUUGUUGAAACAAGGAAGUACUCAGCUUCGCGAAGCGUUGAUUUUUACCGUUGUUUCUUUGUCAAUUUUGUUAUGUAGUGGCUGAUAACAUGUCUACAGCAGAGGCUGCCACGCAGUUCGUGGAGGAGGUCGACUUUAGCGAUCUAGACUUUCAAAAGAUCGUGGGAAGGGGUAGUUUUGGCGUUGUGAGCCGGGCACAAUGGAAAGACAGAACAGUUGCUGUAAAGAUGAUAGAAACAGAAGCAGAAAUAAAAGCAUUUCUUGUAGAGGUUCGACAGUUAUCACGCGUGAAUCACCCCAAUAUAGUAAAAGUAUAUGGAGCAUGUACCAGUAAACCUGUAUGUCUGGUUAUGGAGUACGCUGAUGGUGGUUCUCUGUAUAACGUAUUACAUGGCAGUCCACCUAUUCCACAAUUUACAGCUGCUCAUGCAAUGAGUUGGGCUUUACAAUGUGCUAAGGGUGUGGCUUAUUUACAUGCUAUGAAACCUAAAUCACUUAUACACAGAGAUCUCAAACCAGCAAAUCUAUUACUAGUUGCGGGUGGUACAACAUUAAAAAUUUGUGAUUUUGGUACGGCAUGUGAUAUCCAGACGUACAUGACUAACAAUAAAGGCAGUGCAGCGUGGAUGGCACCGGAAGUGUUUGAAGGUAGUUACUACAGUGAAAAAUGUGAUGUGUUUAGCUGGGGUAUAAUUCUAUGGGAAGUGUUAUCACGGAGGAAACCAUUUGAUGAAAUAGGGGGUCCAGCAUUCAGAAUUAUGUGGGCAGUUCAUAAUGGUACCAGACCCCCUCUGUUAAAGAAUCUGCCAAAACCCAUAGAAGUUCUGAUGUCACGAUGCUGGGCUAAAGAUCCUGCUAGGCGGCCAUCCAUGGGUGAAGUGGAGUAUGUUAUGUCAAGUCUUAUGCCGUAUUUUAAAGGUGCUGAUGAACCUCUGGUUUAUCCACAAGAAAAAAUUGAAGUAGGAGCUUAUAAAGAAGCUGAGAGUAAUUUAAUUGAUUGGCACACCCCUAUAACUAACUUAUUAGAGUCAACGACUGGUACAACAGGUUCUAAAGCUAGUACAUUAUCAGACACAGUCAUAAGGAAAAUGCCAUCCACAUCUGUAGGACAUUCCAAAUACUUCACGCAGCCAGGACCUGCAGGCAUUGUUCGCAGAGACAGCUCAAAAGCAAAGCAUGAAUAUGACAAGAAAAGGCAUUCUGCAGAUUUGUUAGAAAUCAUGUCACAAACAUCGCAGUCUCAACAAACAAGACCAUCUGUGCAAACACAUCGUAGAUGUCGUUCUCAUGGCUAUAUUCCACCGCAAACCUUUACUUACAGUAAUACAUUACCAGCCAGCAACUACCAAGAACCAUCACAUGAUCUUGCACAUGCUCAGUCUUUCACCCUCAUUAAUAUUCAUGAGCCUCUGACUGGUUACCAUAGCAACUUCACUAACACUGCUACUCUUCCACUCUAUAAACGUAAAAGGCGGACAGGUACAUUUGUACCAGGUCAUCGUCGAAGUAAUUCCCAUGGCAACAUCCCUCCACAGACGUAUACCAGCACUACUGAUAUAGCAGCCGCUAGUGUAGCGACUCCACCCAAUGAUGUCACUGCACCACCAUUAUUACAGCAUACUGUCAGCACACCGGCUGAAUUUGGUAGUAAUCACAGUAUUAGCAGUAAUGACAGUAUUGGGUCGUCAGCUAGUGGCACUGUACCGUUACAUCAUGUCAGUACUGCACCUGCCAGCUUAGUGGAACAAAUGAAGGGUCGCAGUGUAUCCUGGGAACCUCCAAGUAAUCGGGCUGAGGAGUAUAUUCCAAUGGCAUACCUGACACUAGAUCACCAUCUACAGCCAUUGCCACCGUGUACAUCAUCUGAACAAUCCAUGGAAGUAUUUGACUUGCAUUGCAAGAUGGCACAUGAGUAUCUAAGAGUACAGACAGAGUUGGCAUUACUGCAUCAGAGAAAACGUGAAUUGGCAAAUGAAUUAGAUCAAGACUGGAAGGAUCAGCAGAAUAGUUCUAAAAUACUAGAAGACUAUACAAUGCUGAUGGAAGAAAGGGAAAGUCUUCUGAAAAUCCACAAAGAUGUGAAGGGUCAGUUGGAUGAAACAAGACAACAGCAGCAAAGACGACCAGGUUCACUUGUUAGAAGAUAAUCUCAAAUAGAAAAGUGUGAUCUCCUUUGUCCUUUUUUUCCUAACCUCAUUAGACAUGUGAAUAUUCAAUUUUAUUCCUACCUGAUUUUACUCCUUCUGGAUUUUACAGUUAUUGAGAAUUUGGCGUUAUCUCAAGUAUUAGAAUGUUUUCUACUAAUGAGAACAAUUGUAUCAUCUACUAAUGUGUUACUUUUGGUCUUUUGUUACCUAGUUAACUAUAUGUGAAUGAAUGAAACAUUCACGAUUUUGAACACCACAGAAUGAGAAUUACUUGUGAAGCUUUAUCUGUAUUCACCUUAGAAUAUACACUCAAGAAUUACAGUCACUUGAAGUCUGUAUUUCCAGAAAUUUGUCAUGAAUUUCUCUGUCCCUGCCACCUGCCUUUCCAUCUAAAUGAGUACAGUGCUCUGUAUCUACUUGAUGUUCAUUCUGUUACCUACAAACGUCAUAUACAUCAUUUUUAUUGUUUUUUUUAAUAAAUAUGAUGGAUGAAAUCAUGUCAUGAAACAUGGUUAAAUUAGUGGUUUUGCCUACGUCAAUAUUUGACGUUUUGUAAUGAAUGUAAAUUAGCCUUACCGGUAUAUCAGUAUUGUAUGUAGUACCAUAUGUAAUCUAGUGAAUAGUGAACAAGAAUAAACGAACAGUUAUUA